UGCGCAUGCUCCCUGCAUCUUUUUCUCCAUCCACACGUCGACUUCAAAGCUUGAAUGAAGAUGCUCAUCGUCUCGGGUCGCUGGAGCCUUUUCACCGGGUGAAGCGGAGUUACAUUAGCCUACCGAUUACUAAAUACAUUUGGAGGGACGCACACAGAGGAGCCAAAGACUCGUUUAUAUCCUGGUUUCGGCGCGCGGGCACUCCACCGACAUGGAACUGAAGAUGAAGAAAUCUAUUUCGGACACCGAACGCGCGCUCAGGAGCUACGGCGCCGUGUCGGAAACGGCGUGGACAACGGACAAAGGUCACUCAGAUGUGUCCAUGGCAGAGAGCACCAUGGCUCCAGAGGAGAUCGAGGUGGAGAUGGCUCGUAUUCAGCGCCUGCGAGAGGUCCUGGUACGCCGGGAGUCGGAGCUGCGUUUCAUGAUGGAUGACAUUCAGCUCUGCAAAGACAUCAUGAGUUUAAAGCAGGAGCUGAGACAGAUUGUCACAGUACCAGAGAAAGAAAAAAACAAGAAGCACAGGCAGCGAGAAGAAGAGCUGAUCCUGAAGAUUCAUAAACUGGUGCAGAAGAGGGAUUUCCUGGUCGACGAUGCCGAGGUGGAGAGAUUAAGGGAGCGAGAGGAGGACAAGGAGAUGGCGGAGUACCUCAGACUGAAGCUGAUGCCUCUGGAGAAGAAGCUCAAAGUCACACAAAAUCCUCCAAAGCCCAAGAGACAAAUCCCAGAGCCGCCCCCCAACAAACCAUCCAUCACCAAGUCAGGAGUGGCCAUCAUUAAGGAUUGCUGCGGGGCCACCCAGUGCGCUGUCAUGUAACAGACACGGACCUCUUUACGACCUUGCCCCCCCCCCCGUGUUGAAAACAACACACCCACAUCGCAUUGACACGCCAUGCAUCACUUCCUGUGACUCAGAGAACCUGGUAGCUGUUCAGGAAUCCGGUUAGUAAUUGAAAUCGAUAGAGAUAAAGUUUGAGCCCGGAGUUUGGAAGCUGAUCCCUAAUCAAUGCUUGAGGGUAACCUCUCAAUAGGCUUCUGUAAGUGGUCCACAGUGUGUGUGAUGUAAAGGGAAUUGUAAAGACAAAUCUGAUAAAGGUCUUCAAUUUGGAUUAGAAUGGGUCAUACCAUCACGUAACAUUCCUUUAAGAUGACCAUAUGGUCUAUGAUCAGGGUCGAUAAACAGUGGAAGCACUUACAGAACUACAAGCACAAUGUCAACAGAGUGAAGUAUUAAUGCUGGGGUUCUCCGUCUGACAGGAAGGAAAAAUAAACAUCAGCUAUCAUCCCGACAUGUUUGACAACAGGUAUUUAUUCUUCCAUGUUAACCCUUUAACAUCAACCAGUGAACCUCUUUCACUUUCCGGAGACCCCCCCCACAAACACACGCGGCUCAGACAAACCGUAUGGCUGCCAGUUAAGUCACAUCCAUUCUGACUCCAUGUAUUGGCUCGUACAGCAGUUUCAUUUAUAAUCCGUGAUCCAGUAAUAUCUGCUGUACUGGAUUCAGCUUUGGCAGAGGAAAAAAUAAAAGUCUGGUCGUAUUAGGUGUCAAAACUAUGUUCACAUAAAUGCAAACAUAUAUGACCUACUUUUGUAGCAGUGUUUCCACUGGUUCACAACCCUUUUAUUAUUUUUGGUUAACCCCUAUAUAUGCAAACAUAAUGGGGUGCAUUUUUUUUUUGUAACAUGGUCCACUAUGCUCGCUCAUGUCCCCGAGUCGCAUCACUGGUCACACUAACGUCAUCUCAGCCAUCAGCUACUGGGAAAUAUAGACCGUGGUAGUAGGACAUCAUUCAUAGUUCCGGAUAUUGCUGACAAACAACUUGCAUCCUCUGAAUUUAAUCUUGCAUUUUUAUGAUAAAAACACCAGGAAAUGAAUAGAUUGUGUACGUUUUGAGUGUAUUUUAGGACAUUAGUGACUCAUGUCAAGCAAAAGUGUUGCUCUGUCACUUUACCUUCUUUAUUCUGACAAUGUGGCGUUCUGUAGUAGUAGUGAAUUUAUUAAAAAAAAGGUCCUUAUGUUGAAUAUUGAACAAAUAUGCAGAAAAUAAUCUGAAACUAUACCUGUACAUACAUGUUUAA